GCGGCGGCUGGCGCACUAGCGCGAUGGGCCGGCGCGGACUCUGCCGGCUGCCGCUGCCGCUGCUGCUGCUGCUGCUGCCGCCGUUGCUUCUGGGCCGCGCCGCCUCGGCAGGCGGCGGGAAGCUGGGCUCGGCGUGCGGCAGGAACCACGAGUGCGCAGUCCGCGUCGCCUACAGCGAGUGCCGCGAGAGGCGCUGCGUCUGCCGCGAGAACCUGCUCGCCUCGGCCGACGAGUCGCGCUGCCUGCCGCCGCUGAAGCUGCGCUACCGCUGCGAGGAGCAGGUGCAGUGCGCUGGCGUGCCGCACGCCGCCUGCCUGCCGGACGAGCGCGGCUACCAACACUGCCUCUGCAAGCCCGCCUUCGUGCUGUACGCCGACCGGUGCCUGCCCAGGGUGAAGCUGCGGGAAGCGUGCGAGCUGACGGCGCAGUGCGGCAAGAACAUGGUGUGCGAGGCCGGCAGCUGCGUCUGCAAGGGGUUCGCCUACGAGCGCCACCGCCAGUGCAUCGUCGACCCAGACGAUUAUGUCGGACUAGACAGUUCAAGUACUCAACUGCUGUCUUCACUUUUCCUUAUAUUAGUCUCUUUACUUCCACUAUUGUGAUGCAGUAAUGUUUCCCAGCACUGGAAAGUGAGAUAAAUCAGUGUACAAGAAUGCUCCAAAAUGUUGUUUGAAAUUUUGUGGAUGCACUGGGAAGAAUUUGGACAAUUCAAAGUGUUUGGUGUGAUACAGACUUUUUUUAUUGGCUCUGAGUUUAACAGAGCAUGUAACUGUUGUGUGUAAAGAAAUAUGUGUGAUUUGUAUAUUGUCACAAAGUUUAUAGCCACGUAUUUGUUACUAGUCACUGCCACAAACCACAGAAUAAAUAUACAAGAAUUAAAAUACUUCUAGUUUUUCUACACAAAAUUGUACAUUUUGUAAUGGAGUUGUAAUGCAAACUGAUAUUACCCACAACAAAUAAUAUUUAAUUUAAUUGCAUGAAUAAAAUAUGUAGCUCAAUGCAACUGAAGUUGUCUGUUACUGUUAAUAGGUGUUACUAUAUCACUUUUGUUGUUGCUCAGUUUUUUAUUUUUCAUAAUUUUAUUCAAUCAAUAUUAGUCAUCAUCUAUUUAUCACUUUGGUCCAACUUUAUAUCUAUCAUGUAGCAAUUACCUUAUUUAUUAUGGAUGUUUUUUUGUUUCUUUUAUAUUGAAUCUAUCAUUUUUAUAAAUUCUUUCCCAUUACAUAAAUCUUUUUUAUGUACACAUUGAACCACAGAUUUUCAUUUUCAGUGUUUUCAUCCCUCAUGUUCUAGUUGUGAUACCAAAGCAUGUAACUAUCUUGACAAUAUGCUAGUCCAUUCCAAAAAGAUAUUUUCCUUUGUCAACUAAUUUUUUCCUGAUGUGUAGAAGGUGGUGCUUCACCAAUGUUCCAUUGCUACACUUAGUAGUUCAGUUUCAUCUCUGUUAGAAUUAAGUUCUUGUAUUCAAUACUAAUUAUUGCAUGUACACUUCUUAUUUCUUUACAUUCUCUCCUGUAUACCUUCUUGUGUUACUGGUAUGUUUAAGCUUGUUACUGAUGUGGUCAUGUGUUUAUGCAAAUGGUUUCAUGUACAUGUUUAUCAUUUUCCUGAUAAAAAUUUUGUGUUUGAUCAAAUUUUUUCACGACAAAGUAACAUUGGGCCUCAGAACAAAUUUAUUGAGCUGAUCUUCUUGCAUAAUCAAGACUUGAAUAGCUACUGACAGCAGAUCACAAAAAUAUUACUGGUGGUAAUCUGCUCUUAGAACAUGCAGAUUUUCUUUAUUUUUGAGAGAUCUAAUCAUUCUUGUGACUUAUUCAGCUUGCUUCAAAAAUUCAUAGAAAAAUAGGCUUUAGGGUAUGAAGGAACCAAAUGUCACAAAUUUGUUUCCAAUUAUUUGUUUAUAAAAUAUUUUACAUAAUAAGGACAAGUCUGUGAUCAUUUGAGUCAUUAUCAAUGCUUAUUUAAAUACUGUAGAAAGUUAGUUAUAUUUCUACAGUAAAUAAAGGGAACAAAAUUCAUGAAUUGCAACAAAUACUCAGUGUUAAAUUUAAGAAGUUAGAAUUUGUAAGAAAUCGCACAUUUCAGUGUGAUGUUGACAAACUGAUCUAAGGAAAUAUAUGGAAAGAAAUACUAUAAAUCAUACACAAUAUCAAAUGGUGGAUUCAUUAUAAUUUAAAUUAUUGCGUUUUUGCUAUUUCUGUGCCUAUGCCUUUUACAAAUGUCUUCCUUUUGAUAUCUAAAAAGAAAAUUAUAUUUGAUUUGUAAGUGAUACAUAAAACUGCAACAUCUAAAAUUAUGAAAUAAAGUUAGUGGCAAUAUCUUGUAAUUAUAACUGUAGACAUGUUCCACCUAGGUAUUUGUAAGCUCAAGAUUAUUAUUUUGAAGUUUAGUGUUAUCAAGAAAGAUAAUUUAUCGUAUAGACAGCAGUGGACUAUGUAAAAUUAUUGAACCACACCUCCUACACAUUCUGUAUAUUGUUGUGUAUCCACUACUUGAUAAUUUCAACAAGUACAAAUAUAUUUAUUAUAUGCUAGUUGUAAAAAUGUUUUGUAUCAUUUCUGUCAUAUUCUAGAAGACAACCUAAUAUUAUAAAUAUUACAUAGGAUUAAAAAAAUUUAAAUCA